ACAGCAUUGACAUUAAUUAGUUCCCCGCCCGCAGAGGAGCCACCAGCAGAAUGCAUCACCCACCUGGGCAGAAACCACUGCAUGCUGCCAGGCGUCAAUCGAGUGGCAGGAAAAGGACGAGUCGCCUUCCCAAAAACGAGUCCUGCUGCAAUCCAACUAGUAGAACCCAUCACCUGCCAGCCUUGUUGAUUAUCCUGCUCGUCCUCAUCCAGAACUUUGAGCUGCACAUGUGUCGGCAAUUGAUGAGGAAUCCGGGCGACAAACGAUCCCUGGACAAGCCCUUUACUAUCGGAGGUAGUGCAGCAGGCGAGGUGGCAGGCAAUCCGGCGGAUGGCAAGCGGACGGAGGGCAGGUCGGCAGGUCCCAGUCAGCCGGAGGAGAUUUUCAGUGCCCCGGCGGACGAAGGCUACGACGAGUAUCCGAUGGUGGUUCCCAAGCGUGCUGCUUUACUUCUGGAUCGACUUAUGGUUGCCUUGCAUCAUGCCCUCGAACAAGAACGAAGUGAACAGCGAAUUGGCGACUUCUUCGGGGACAAAAACGCUCUCAAUGGCAAAUUGGGGGAAUACCACAACGGAUUGGAGCCUCAUCAAGUGAGGGAGGAUGGGAUGUACAGCGAUGAUGAUCCGGGAACAAUGUUGGAUUAUGAUUUCAAAGAUUUGAAUCAGAUCAAUCGCGCCACUGGCGAAACAUUAAUGCCAAAGAGCUUUCAGAGAAGAGCGGGCGUCGAUCGAUCUGGAACAUCCCAAUUAUCCGGUUCCAAUUCCGGUUCCGGUUCCGCAACUGGUCCCCGGCGUAUCCAGCCAUCCGGAUCUGGUUCCGGCGGUGGCCGAGCCUACUGGCGUUGCUAUUUCAAUGCCGUCAGCUGCUUCUAAGAAAAAAUAAACAAAAGAUAACAUAAAGUCCUGCAAAAUAUUCACCUCUGGAAAAACCAGCAAAGUAUAAAGUCCCAACUGAUCGUCGAUAGAGGUGUUUUCAAAAACAUUUUCACGUUCCUUUGGCUGCCGAUGUGAGAGUUGUUCGCGCCAUUAACUGAAAUCCCCGAGCUCUGCAAUUGUAUCUAGCGGUAUCUGUAUCUAGUAUCUGUAUCUGUUAAUGUAUCUGUGCACUUGUAACUCACUGUGAAUCUGCGUUAUA